UAAAAGGAGUCCGAAUUGGGACGCCGCGGCAGAACCUCCUCAAACCCAGGCGCUCUCUCUCUCUCUCUUUUUUUUCUCACUCCAGCUACUGAAUCCCCAACAAAGUAGAAACAAACUUCCCAAAAUACCACUGCAGAAAUCGGCGGCGAAGACUUAGACUUCACUCAUCUGCAACUUACAGUAACCGGAGCUCCCCUGGUACUUCCACGGCCAAAAUCCCCACACUAUGCAACCGGAAGAAACGGUUUCCCGGUCACCACUUUACAAACCCCUCCACCUACUCACCGAAGAUGACAUUUCUCAGCUUACCCGUGAAGAUUGCCGCCGUUUUCUCAAAGAAAAAGGCAUGAGAAGGCCAUCGUGGAACAAAUCGCAGGCGAUCCAGCAGGUUAUCUCGCUUAAAGCUCUCCUCGAAACGACGUCGGAGUCCGACGACACCGAGACACCCAACACACUCUACAUUCUCGGCCCUCAAAGCCCAACUCGCGGCCCAGACUUUCGUCUAACUGUUUCGGCUGACGAUCCGGCCAACAAUCCUUCCAAGCCCGAUGUUCCUGAUGAUACUUCGGCCCAACUUAUUGCCGCUGAAAACGACUCCGUUUCUCCUCUAAACGCCGAUGCAACCAAUGAGCCAGUAGGACAAAUGACAAUUUUCUACCGUGGGAAAGUUAAUGUCUAUGAUGACGUGCCAGAUGAUAAGGCACAAACGAUAGUGCAAUUUGCUGCAAGCCCAUUCUUUUUGCCUCAUGAAGCUUCGUCAGAUGUAGUCACUACGUUAUGGCCCUUUAGUCCCCUUCCAUGCCAUUUACAUGCUGCAGCUGCCAAUGCAGGGCCAAAUUCUCCUGCUGCCAUCUUCCCAAGACUGCAAACAGUAAAAGUUGCAGAAAGAGAUCAGUUCCUUAGAGAAGAGAGCAGCAAAUCUCAUGAAGAUAAUUUUGCCGGACUGACAAGUAGACAAGCAUCGGUGCAAAGAUAUCUUGAGAAGCGAAAAGACAGGUUUAAGCACAAGAGAAAGGCAGCAGUCCCUCCUUCUGCAGGCUUGGACAUCUACUUAAACCAUCGAGUAGGAGAUCAGUUCUUAAACCAGCAAUUGAACCUGUGUGAGGCAUAUUCUCCUUCCCAUCCAAGACCACCUCAGACACCUAGCAGGAGCUGCUCUGUUGAAAACAUGAUAAAAAAUGCCAGCCUCUCUAUAGAACUUAACGACAAAGAUAAUCAAGAAUGUUAAAAUGGAGAUCAAUGAUAGCAUGUUGGUGGGCAUUAGUGGAUAAAAAUUGCACGGCCCCCAUGUUUGUGUUCUAAGGCACUGUUUUUCAUGGAAAAGUACUUUCCUUGAUGAGGCUGGGGACCAGCUAAAAGGGCCAGGCCUUUAAGGCCUUUUGCCUGAGGCCCGAUGAAUGAAGCCCAUUCAUAUUAAAAGUAUAGUAGAUCUAGUGUUUAUUUUUCUUAAAAAAUUGCUAUCUGUUGGAUGAAUCAAGUUAAUUUCUUGUUGAAAGCAUAAAAUCUUGUUAAAUCGUGAAUCUUAGCGUGUAUCUUUUUUUUAAAAAAAAAUUACGCAUGGUGUAUUAUAAUA